UUCUUUUACAAGCACAGAAAAUAAAAUAAAAAAAAGAAAAAAAGCUUUUCUCUCUCUGUAAGUAAUUUCUCGUUUUCUUGUGUUAUAUAAACAGAAAGUAUCUACUUUCUUCUCUGCUGGCUUCACUAGCAAAAUGGGUCGAUCGCCAUGCUGUGACAAGGUUGGUUUGAAGAAAGGACCAUGGACACCUGAGGAAGAUCAAAAACUCUUGGCUUAUAUUGAAGAACAUGGCCAUGGAAGCUGGCGUGCCUUGCCAGCAAAAGCAGGUCUUCAAAGAUGUGGAAAGAGCUGCAGGCUUAGAUGGUCUAAUUAUCUGAGACCUGAUAUUAAGAGAGGAAAGUUCAGUUUGCAAGAAGAACAAACCAUUAUUCAACUCCAUGCUCUCUUGGGCAACAGGUGGUCGGCCAUAGCUACUCACUUGCCAAAAAGAACAGACAAUGAGAUCAAGAACUACUGGAAUACGCAUCUUAAGAAAAGGUUAGCCAAAAUGGGGAUUGAUCCAGUGACCCACAAGCCAAAAAAUGAUGCAUUGCUUUCCAGUGACGGUCAAACCAAGGAUGCAGCAAAUCUUAGCCACAUGGCUCAGUGGGAAAGUGCCAGGCUUGAAGCUGAGGCUAGGUUGGUUAGAGAAUCCAAGCUACGUUCACAUUCAUUUCAGCACCAGAUCAGCUCUACAGGUUAUGUUUCUAGUUCAGGUUCAGCUUCUACUUCUGCUUCUGCUUCUGCACAGCCGCAGCGGUCUCUUGAUGUGCUAAAAGCUUGGAAUGGUGGGUGGUCUAAGUCCAGUGAAGGAAAUACUGUCGGUGGUCCUAACAUUGCCGGAAUUGGAGGUGACCUUGAGUCUCCAACAUCUUCUCUAACAUUCUCAGAAAAUGCACCACCCCAGAUCAUUAAUUCGUCAGGAACUGGAGGACAGAACUCUAUUUCUCUGAUUGAGUUGGUCGGCACUUCAGGUUCAUCAGAGACGGGAAUUAUCAAAGAAGAAGGUGAACAUGAUUGGAAAACCCUAGGAAAUUCAGAUCAUCAUAUGCCUGAGAAUUCAGUUUCUUUCACAUCCAGCCUUCACCAUCCUGACAUGUCAAUUUCCAUGGAAGGACCGUGGACUCCAGAGUCUUUGAAGUUAAAUAGCAGUCAUCUUCAUAUAGGAAAUGUCAUGGAAGAAGGUUUCACUAAUCUCCUGCUUAGUGAUACGGGUGUUCGGACUUUGUCGGAAAGUGGAAAGGACUCAGAUAAUAGUGGCAGCGAUUAUUAUGAAGAUAACAAGAAUUACUGGAACAGCAUUCUUAACUUGGUGAAUUCUUCUCCCGCAGAUUCGCCCAUCUUCUAAGGAUAAUAUUGCAAGAAAAUGCUCUUUAAUUUCUUGCAGGAAAGUAUAGCUAGAAUUUCUGAAACCAACUGUAAUGAAAUUGAUUUCUUUUUUCUUUUUAUUAUUUUUUUUUCAUUGUCAUUGAGAAGUGAUUAUAUACGAUAGGAAAAAUGUGUUUAUCCAAAAGGUAUCGGUUGCUUCCACCAUGUUUGACUUCAGACACAAGAUGUCCGGAAGCAACAAAUGUCGUUUUGGCUCUCCCGCUAUGUCGUACGUCUAUUUCUUCUCUAUUUCAUGCGAAAUGUUAAUAGCUAUAUGCUUCUGGUUC